GCCUACAAGCGACGGGUUCGUGCAGAGUGCACUUUCGUCCUCAAUAGUGACCACUUUUGGCGACCAAUUUCUUGGCUCUGCGUUUUUGCCUGCAUGUUGUUCAAGCGCUCGAUGCCACGAGGUGCCUGAAGUUAUGGGCUAUAGAUGGCUAAAUAUAGCAUUCAUUGAGAAGCGUCUCUCAGUGGUCGACCAACGUUUAUAUGCGAUAUUAUUCAGUUACGUUCUGACUCCGUCCCUUCUUUCAACACGACAUACUUUGUCGCCAAAGAUUCACGCAACAUACGACCUUAUACCUGAAAUCUGACAACAUCACGGUUUUGCAAUCAUGACUGUCAUGUUUGUGAACAUGAGGCGCAUCGGAUAUCUAUUUGCGUUUGUGCUCGCCGCGGUUGUCCUUGGAUUUACGGCCAACUUUGCAAGGCUAUUCCUCCCGCAUAUCAAUCAUGAUUUCACCAUCUUCGCUCUGGUUCCACCAUCAGUCACCAUUUUCGCUUUUCUGUGGAGUAUGCAGUUCUCGCAGCCAAUAGUGGAGGUGACACUCCACUUCUUUAUCAGUGUACUAUGGCUAGCCAUGGGCGCAUGGUCCGCGGAUACGAUCGGAUAUGUGCAAUGCUACCUACUCCAAGAACAGCAGCAGCCUACGGCCAGAGGAAGCAUCUCUGCACAGUCAUAUUGCUAUGAAAUGAAAGUCAUCGAAGCACUAUCGUGGACUCUAUUCGUGUUAUUUAUAUUCUUCUUCAUUAUCCUGAUCACGCUUACAUCGCGCGCAGUCGCUUUUGGCCGGUACUAUGCAUGGCGAGAACAUAUUUCGCAGCUAGGCUGGUUUGGAGAACUUCCAGGAUACCCCACUGAAGCUAUAUACCCGCGAGCUCCGAUGUAUGGAUAUGGUCAGCCAUAUCCGAUGAUGGGAGGAUACCAUGUACAACAAAUGCCUGGUCACUCCGUCAUGGUUCAGCCAGGUAUUAAUGGUGGCCAGCCUAUUGUCACUCACAUGCCAGCCUAGGUGCCUGCUUCCGUUAACAUUGGAAAUCGUACAUACUACUAUGUAUGUGCGGAUUCGACGUGUUGGAACGAUAGGGCCCACAAUAUUUUCUGAUUGUACUUGGAAUACUUGGAACGCACCUGUAACGAUUUGCCAAUAUCGGCUGGUCCCGGAACAAUUACGUA